AUGGUCCUAAAAAUCAACAUAGAAAAAACCUUAAUAGAGUUUGAAACAAGAUUUAAGGAAUUAGAGCAAAGUAAUGAAGAGUUACGUUCACAAUUCAAAUAUUUUGAAGAAAAGAUUAGAGAGCGAGAAGUAGAAACCAAAGAAAAGCAAAAAAUUAUUAAUGAAUUACCAUUAGGAAUUCACGAUGAUAAUCUCAACGCUUUGAAUAAAGGAUUAGAUCGCAAUGAG